AUGUCACCGUUCAGACUUGUUUUUGGGAAAUCUUGUCACCUACCUGUAGAAAUUGAGCAUAAAUCUUUCUGGGAAGUAAAGCAAUGUAACUUAGACUAUCAUUCUGCUGGAAAAGAGAGAAAGUUACAGCUCCUUGAGUUAGAGGAAUUAAGUCUUGAAUCUUAUGAAAAUGCUAAAAACUACAAAGAGAAAACUAAAGCAUUCCAUGAUAAAAUGAUAGCUAGGAAAUCUUUUCAAGUUGGUCAGAAAGUUCUUUUAUUCAAUGCUCGACUUAAAUUAUUUCCUGGAAAGUUGCAAACUAGAUGGCUUGGUCCCUUUGUUGUUACUAAUGUGUUUCCUCAUGGUGCAGUGGAAUUAAAGGACUUUGGUACUGAUAAAACUUUCAAAGUUAAUGGUCACAGAUUGAAGCCAUUCUAUGAUAAAGCUUAUGUGGAGAUGAUCGAAGAUGUCACGUUUGAGGAAAUCUGA